AUUUUUGGUUGGUCACAUCGAAUCUAAGCUGGUGGUCACCGGCCAAUCAAAUUGUUCUGAAACCCUCCCCUGUUUCACAACAUUGCACGUUGUUGUGGUGUGAAACGGUUGUUUCCAAUGUGUUUACACCGGGGAAUACCAAUUAAAAAUUGCCAAAUGUCGCCUGCUUAUUUAUAAUUGGUCAUCAUGGGCGUGUUAUUUCCAUAAAUCUAUCCAUCCCCGCUUCUCCUUUCUCUUCUACGCCAAUGGUCGCCCACCCUACUCCCCCACUCUUCCUAAAAACAUCUGCAACAAAAGCAUCGCACACCAACACAACCAAGUUUUCUGACGUUUGACAGUUGUGCCGGUUGUGUUUGUGAAAUUCGUAGUGUUUGUCUCUUAUUUGUGAAACGAAAAUUUUAUAAUUAAAAAAAAAAUAAGUGUUGAUCAUGGAUAACAAAGAACUGACUCUGGAAGGCGUAAAAGACGCUCUUCGCGAGAGCCAGUCCCAGCCAGUUGGGGGCCUUCGUCGCGAAAUGGACUCCUUGGACGACUUUGAGCACCUGGGGCACGACAGUUCGCCUCUGAAAGACGGCGGCGAUUUGUUGUCUGCACGUGACCAACCCGGUGUGAUCAAUAAAGGGGAUGACAAAGCCGCCACUGCAGCCAACCCCACAAUUCCCCAAGACCUGUCAUCGUUCGAUCCUUUCCACAGCGAGCGAAAAAUGGAUUCGAACCUCCUCGAAAUGGGCGACAAUUUCCCCGACCGAAAGGAAGCCGACGCCAAGCUUGACAAAUUCCUGCAGGACUUGGGGCCGAUGGCGCCCCCGAAGCACGAAGAGCCCCCGGAAAUCGCAAACAAGGACGACAAGAGUGCCACGCAGCAUUUCAUGGACUUGGAGCGCGAGGUGAGUCAACCGAAGAAAUUGGACUCGCACGACCUCUUGGAGAAGUACUCAGACAGCGAGCCAGACAAUGAUGACGAUUUUAAGCCUUCCAAGUAUCAGGACUUCCCUAAAAAGGCCGAACUGCCGGAAUCGAUAUCGAGUGAUUUUAAGACCGACACCUUCAAGGAUUUGGAGGAAGUUGAACCGCAGCUCCCCAAAAAAGAUUAUCCUUCCGUUCCGGAACCGGAAAAGGUCACACCUAUUCCAACAAGAGAAGAAAAACCAGCUCCGGUUAAAGAAAAGACUCCCGAACCGGUGAAAAAACUACCGGAACCGGCUGAAGUCAUCUGCAGGAAACCGGAGCUUGACGAAAAGAAGAAACAGGCGGUUAUUGACGCCGAGGCCAUUUUCUGCAAAAUGGGACUAGACACUUGGUUCAACCCUGAAAGACUGAAUCCUAAAGUGGAAAGCUUGAUCUAUUGGCGAGACCCCAAGAAGUCGGGACCUGUCUUCGGAGGCGUUCUUUUAGUGCUUCUCGCACUCACAUACUUCUCACUAAUCAGUGUCGUGGCAUAUUUGUCACUGUUGGGCCUUACUGGAACGAUUUCCUUCCGGAUUUACAAAAAUAUCGUUCAAGCAGUACAGAAGACAGGCGAUGGACACCCCUUCAAAGAUCUUCUGGAGUUUGACGUGUCGCUUCCGCAAGAAAAAGUCAAGGAAGUGUCAGAGGUGGCCGUGGCCCAUAUUAACGCUGCGGUCGUGGAGUUGAGGAGAUUAUUCCUUGUGGAGGAUUUGGUGGAUUCCAUCAAGUUCGGAGUUCUGUUAUGGACACUGACUUACUUAGGAGCUUGGUUUAAUGGGAUGACUUUGAUUAUUAUCGCUUGGGUUGCACUGUUUUCUCUUCCCAAAGUGUACGAAACAAACAAAACGCAAAUUGAUGCCAAUUUGGAAAUCGUGAGGACUAAGCUCGCCGAAAUCACGUCAAAGGUAAAGGCGGCCAUCCCAAUUGGCAAAAAAGCAGUAGAGGAGAAGAAGGAUCAGUAAUUAUUUUCACCGAGGAGAUAGCUGGGUCACACUUGUGUCAUAAGUUAUUCAAAUUUAGCUAUUUAUGAACAAUCUUAUGAUUUAUUCCUUAAAUUCCAUCCUAAAAUUAUAAAUUCAUCUAAAAUAUAUACAUAUUCUUUGUAUAUACAACCCUCUUUAUUUAUUGUUGUAUUGUGAUUCAUAAAUUUUAUCAAUGCAACUCGUUUCGAUUUUUGUUGUCUUUGUGUAAUAAAAACGUUUCUUAGGUUGAACGUAAGGAACUACUAUUAAAAAUAAAUUCUAUAGUUUGUUUUCGUUUUAUUUCUUUUUGUGUGUUAUUGGUAUUGCAAGGGUGCGAUUUAUUAUGGCUAUUAAUAUUAGGUGAUAAGAUUUUCAUUAGAUUAAAGUGAAAGAUUUUGAAAUAUCCUACACGUGUAUAAAUUUUACAAUACACACAUUAAUUUUUUACUUACAAACAUGAUAUUUUAGUGAUUGUGUUGUCCUUUAUGUGAUGCUGUAGUAAGAGUGAGCACGCAAUUUCUAUUUGCCAAGUAAAUAUUAUAAGCAGAAAAUUAAAUUAUCGACUGUUACUUGAAAAAUCAGUUGGAACAUCCAUUUAGACUGAUGGUGUAAAAUUUGUUUAUAUUUUAACACUUAAGAUUUAAUGUAGAACUUGUUUUUAUUAAUCUGUUUCUUCAGCGAAGAAGAAACGUGAGUAAAGCCGUACUAAUAAUGUUCAGUGUCAAUGUUAUGUGUAACUUUACACUCAUUGAAUGAGAUGUUUAUCAUAAAAAAUGAUUGUAUGAAGACCAAGUCAUCUACGAAUAUCUUAUAGUUAUAUCUAAAAAUGAAUUAAUUAUAGGCAAAAGAAAAAUGUUUAAUGAUUGCUAUUUAUUUAUGUUAGACAUAGUUUUAAUAUCAUUUUUAUUUGUUGCUCUUGUUUCAAGUUGAUGUAAGUUGAGGUGAAUAUGUUAUUUUAGACUGUUGCAUACUUUUAUAAUAGCUUUGUAUUUGCUUUAUGAGGUUAUUAAAUUGUUUAUACGCGCUUCA